AUGGGGGUAGCACUGACCAGAGCAGUGCAAUGGACCACAGCAAGUUCUGGGACGGGCAAACUGGAGAUCACCCCAGUCAACGAGUCUCUGCUGAAAGAGAUCCUACAGUUUGUGGAACAGUUCAGCUCCAGACACCCUCAGGAGGCUAAACAUGUGUUCAAUGAGCCGCUGCAGUGGACUACCUCUUUGGAGGCUUCUGAUUUCAAAACAGAGUAUGACAUCAGGUAA